GGGAGAACUGCGUCACGACAGCCCAAGUCGACCUCCGUAUGAACGUUGGCCAUGUUCUGCGCCAGCAGGCUUUGCUACCACGCACUGUUCCCCUCCUGAUACCCUCUCGACUUCUUUCUAUCGUCCCUCACAUAAUGUCAACCCCAGCGCCCCCGUCAGAAGCCCCUCAUGUCCCUAUUCCCAGCCGAGGAGUCGAUUAUCGAGGCAAGAUUGUACUAGCCCCAAUGGUGCGAUCUGGUGAACUCCCGUCGCGUCUGCUUGCUUUGAAAUAUGGUGCAGACCUCGUAUGGGGACCCGAAACCGUGGACAGGGCCAUGAUCGGUACCGAACAGAGAACAAAUCCUCGCACAGGGUGUAUCGAAUGGACUCGCACUCCCACGAAUACCCAGUCUUCAAACAAACCAAAUGUCGAAUCAGUCAUCUUUCGAAUAGACCCUGCGAGGGAAUCUUCCCGCUUAAUAUACCAGAUCGGCACCGCUUCACCAGAGUAUGCCGUCCAAGCCGCCAGCCUUGUUGCCCCGUACGUCAGUGGCAUCGAUGUCAACGCGGGGUGCCCCAAACCAUUCUCGACCUCAGGUGGUAUGGGUGCUGCGUUGUUGCGCACCCCAGAUCUCUUGUGCAGCAUUCUGACUGCUCUCAUCACCAACGUUGGCGUACCGAACAAUAUUGGCAUCAGCGUCAAAAUACGAUUACUAGAAACACCUGAAUUGACUUCUGCUCUAGUCAAUCAACUUUGCAAGACUGGAAUAGUUGGCUUGACCAUUCACUGCCGGACCACACCCAUGCGACCACGAGAACGUGCGAUUAGGGAACAACUUAGGAUGAUUGCAGAUAUCUGUCACAGCCAUGGAGUAGCAUGCCUCAUGAAUGGAGAUGUCACAUCCCGCGACGAAGGCUUGAGUCUUGCUCAGGAGUAUGGCGUUGAUGGAGCUAUGAUUGCAACUGCAGCAGAGGCCAAUUCUUCCGUAUUUCGAACCAAAGAACAAGGUGGAUUGGCACCAUGGCAAGAUGUUGUCAAGGAAUAUCUUGAGCUGGCCAUGAGUGUGGAGAACAAAUGGACCAAUACAAAGUUCUUGUUGUCCCAGCUCAUGCCGGGCAAGAGCCCGUUGUAUUCACCGAUCCAAAUGUCACGGAGUUAUGUUCAGGCUCUGUCGCUCCUUGACAUUACCGACGCCGAGAUCGUCAAACGAGCCGAAGCGACUGAUAGAGCCUUGGGCCUUGAUUGUGAGCGCAUCACAAAGGCAGAUGUCAAGCGACAGAACAAGCAGGCCAGGCGGGAAAACCAAGAAAGAAAUAUACAGAAGAAGCGAGCCUUGGCCGAGAGCAAUGGUCAGACUGAGAGACUGAGAAGCCCGAGUCAGGAAAGGACCAAGAAGCAAAAGGCUCAAAUUGCAGCUGAGAAUGCAGGCUUCAAGGACGUUGCCAAAGGUGCUUUGGCAGUGGCAGUGUGAGGCAUCUUAAAAAAGACCACUUGCUCCACUGGGGUUACACCUGUCAUAUGUCCCAGAACUUCCAACGACACGUUCAGUCGGAGACACUCGCAUCCUCUCCCUGAUAUCCUGCCUCGGCGUACAUCCGCCUGGGCGAUGGGUGGAGAUGAGGCAGUACACUACCAGCACGCUAAGCUUGACAACACUUGCAAAGCCAAUCAUCCUCAGGAGUCCCCACUAGCUAUUGGUCCGUCUUCAAGGCGAUCUUUAUAUGUUGCCCUGGUUAGAGUUAUCUCGCUCGCAACUGUGGUAUCAAACCUGCAAUUGACGAGUGAGACGUCGAUGGCUGAUCCGCAGAGUGACCGAACUCGUCUUUACGGUUAUGAGGAGGUCACGAUGAACCCUAUCCAGCCACAGCCACAAGGCUGGAUUUGAUCCAACUUAGGCUACCCCAUGUACAAUAAUAAAGGAUUGAGGAGCAAUUUGAGCAUAUCUGAUGAACGAAGCCUGCAACUGUAGCAUAUUUUCCUUUCUGUUCAAGUGGUAGUGUCCUAUUAUACAAAUUGUGGAUAUUGAG